UGGCAGACGCCAUUUGAGAAGUUCUUUUUGCUAAAUUCGGAUCACACAUGGCGGAAGUUGCACGUCGUGCUUCCCAGGUGUAACAUCCUCCGACGUCGGUCAUCCAAUUCCUCCCCCAACUCAAUGCUAUAUUAUGUCUCCUCGAAACUCGAUCCCUUUUUAUGGCGUCUAUAGUACAACCUUUUCUUCGUCUAUCCGAAUCUAAGACUAUUUAAAUCCAAUUUCACUGGAGUCGGUUAAUGUAUGUCUUUCACAAUUCGUGGCCGAGAUCCUGUUUUUGCCUUCACACUUGAAUUCAACUGCUACUUGCACACCUACCGCCGGCGAUCCAUAACCCCCAUUUGAGGUUUUAGCUCACAGUUUUGACGAAUUUAGGUUUUCAUUUCGUGAUUUGGAUAUGGAAGUUGGGUUGGAGUCGAAGACACUUGUUUGUAGGUGUUGAAAAGUAUAUUGAUUAGGUUACAAGUUGUAAUCAUACCUUUUUUCUGAUGAUUAGAAAAGGGUUCCAAUUGAAUCUAGGUUUUUUCUUCAUUCUUCUGUAGAAGUUUCAAAGAGGGGUAUACCGUAUACAUUUAUACAGAUAGAAAAAAAAUAAUUUAAAUUAGUCGACAUGGUUAGCGGGAAUAUUUUCCAUUUUAGAAAGAAUUCAUGGCCGCCUGAGGAAUAUAUAAAUCGGACGACUCUGCAACUGCUUGAUUUCGAUAGUGGUGCACCUCCCGAACAAGCAUGGAGAAGGAAGUUAAACACACAUGCCAGUAUUCUCAAGGAAUUCAGUAUUACUUUCAAAGAAGCAAUAAAAAUGAUUACCCUUGGUAUACGUUUGUGGUCAUAUGUAAGAGAAGAAGCCUCCCAUGGAAGGAGAGCACCCAUUGAUCCCUUCAAUCGUGAAGGAAAACCAUUAGCAAGCCAAGGGGUUCCUCUUGGUGGGAUGGGAAGUGGCAGCAUAACUAGAGGUUUUAGAGGAGAGUUCAGGCAAUUCCAAAUCCUCCCGGGUACAUGUGAGGCUUCUCCUGUGAUGGCCAAUCAAUUCUCUAUUUUUAUAUCGAGAGAAGGUGGCCACAAAAAAUAUGCAUCAGUUUUAUCCCCUGGUCAACACGAAGGGAUAGGAAAAUGUACAGAUCAAGGUUUAUCAUCAUGGGGAUGGAAUCUGAGUGGUCAACAUUCUACAUAUCAUGCAUUGUUCCCACGUGCAUGGACAGUUUAUGAUGGCGAACCAGACCCUGAACUAAAAGUUUCAUGUCGCCAAAUUUCACCAUUUUUGCCUCAUAAUUAUAGAGAUAGUAGCCUUCCCACUUCUGUUUUUGUUUAUACGUUGGUGAAUACUGGGAAGGAAAGGGCACAAGUCAGCCUUCUUUUAACAUGGGCAAACUCAAUUGGAGGUGUCUCACAUCUUUCAGGAGAUCAUGUGAAUGAGCCUUUCAUAGGCAAAGAUGGAGUAUCUGGCGUGCUUCUACAUCACAAAACAGCAAAAGGGAACCAUCCUGUAACUUUUGCAGUGGCUGCCUGUGAAACCCAAAAUGUCAAUGUGACGGUUUUACCGAGUUUUGGUUUGUCAGAAGGAAGCAAUGUUACUGCAAAAGAAAUGUGGGGUAAAAUGGCACAGGAUGGGCAAUUUGAUCAGGGGAAUUUCAAUGUGGGCCCCACAGUUCCUUCAUCAGCUGGGGAUGCAAAUUGUGCAGCAGUGUCUGCUUCAACAUGGGUUGAACCAAAUGGGAAGUGCACUGUGGCAUUUGCAAUUUCAUGGUCAUCCCCCAAAGUUAAAUUUAUGAAGGGGAAAUCGUAUCACAGGAGGUAUACUAGAUACUAUGGUACUUCUGAAAGGGCAGCUGAGAACUUGGUUCAUGAUGCUCUAACAAAUUACAAAAGGUGGGAAGAAGAGAUCGAGAAAUGGCAAAAUCCAAUCUUGAAAAAUGACAAGUUACCUGAAUGGUACAAAUUUACAUUAUUCAACGAGCUCUACUUCUUGGUUGCUGGUGGCACAAUCUGGAUUGACACACCACUACCAGCAGCCGACUUUGUGCAUGACACCACAAUUAAACCCAAAUUAACAUACGACACAAACGGUGAUCAAAAUGGUAUCAACAACAACAGUUUCACAUACGAAGACGAAAAUUUCACAACUUCUAGUGAAGAAGACGAAUUAGAACCUUUAAAUCCAGAUUUAGACAAAGAAUCAGAAUCAGACGUGGGAAGCUUUCUAUAUUUAGAAGGUGUAGAAUACAUAAUGUGGUGCACAUAUGACGUCCACUUCUACGCAUCCUUUGCCCUCCUGGCCCUCUUCCCAAAAAUCGAACUCAGCAUCCAACGCGAAUUCGCGCGCGCAGUCCUCUUCGAAGACCAAAGAAAAGUCAAAUUUUUAGCAGACGGAAAAUGCGGGAUCCGAAAAGUCAAAGGCGCGGUCCCACACGACCUCGGGACCCACGACCCGUGGCACGAAAUGAACGCGUACAACAUCCACGACACCUCCAAAUGGAAAGACCUAAACCCUAAAUUCGUCCUCCAAGUCUACCGCGACUUUGCCGCCACCGGAGACUUAUCCUUUGGGGCGGAGGUUUUUCCGGCGGUGUGCGCCGCCAUGGCCUACAUGGAACAGUUCGACCGCGACCACGAUUGUUUGAUCGAAAACGACGGUUUCCCGGAUCAAACAUACGACGCAUGGACCGUCCACGGCGUCAGUGCGUACUGCGGUUGUCUCUGGCUGGCCGCGCUGCAAGCGACGGCGGCUAUGGCGGCGCAGCUAGGUGACGUGGUGACCGCGGAAGGGUAUAAAGGUAAAUUUGUGAAAGCGAAAGCGGCGUUUGAAGCGAAGCUAUGGAACGGGAGUUAUUUUAAUUAUGAUAGCGGGUCGAGUGGGAAUAGUAAGUCGAUUCAAGCGGAUCAGUUAGCGGGGCAGUGGUAUAUGGCGGCUUCUGGGUUGGGGAAUUUGUUUGAUGAGGGGAAGAUUAGGAGUUGUUUGCAGAAGAUUUAUGAUUUUAAUGUUGGGAAAGUUGGAGGAGGGAGGAUGGGGGCUGUGAAUGGGAUGCAUCCGAAUGGGAAAGUGGAUGAGAGUUGUAUGCAGUCGAGGGAGGUGUGGGCCGGGGUUACUUAUGGGGUUGCUGCUACUAUGAUUCAUGCGGGAAUGGAAGAACAGGGUUUUGCUACUGCUGAAGGGAUUUUUACUGCUGGUUGGUCUGAAGAUGGUUUUGGGUAUGCGUUUCAGACACCGGAGGGGUGGACAAUGGAUGGGCAUUUUCGGUCGCUUGUGUAUAUGAGGCCGCUUGCGAUUUGGGGGAUGCAAUGGGCGUUGAAUCCUGUAAAGGUGGUUUUGAAUGCACCUUCGAUUAAUAUGAUGGACAGAAGACUACAUGAAUCAGAAGAAGAUGGACAGACUUCGAGGAAUGAGACAGGAGAGGGAGUUAGGAAGAUGGUUCAUAAAGGCAAGUGCUUGGUGUUUCCUUGUACUUGCUGACUGACACGUGGCGGUAUACAUGAUGAAAGGGGCUAACCUGACCAAUCUUUUGUUAAAUAAAAAUGAGGUGGUGGUUGGUGGUGGUGGCUAAAUUUAUUGUUAUGUAGUCGUUUAAUCUCUAAUUGAUUUUUGUAAAAUGUACAAACGAUUAAUCUUAUUAAAUACUUCUGGCUUCAAGCUUCAAA